GCAUCUACAGUUCAUUAAAGCAUCAACAGCACUCCCCCACCCCCACCACGUUCAUUCCACAUGUCCAAUUUCUGCUCUCCCACUUCUGUUUCCUCUUUAUAUACGAUCAGUACCUUAAUUCCUCUUGCUUCAUCGUAUUCAAUGAUGGCAUUGUCUUGUUGCUUUUUCAGUUCUCAGGUCUGUGUCUCACUCAGGAUUGACUGUCAUCGACCAAGACUCCAGUCGAUUGCCUCAUGUAAUAAUCGGACAAGUUCAAGACGUCUAACGUUAGGUGUUACAAGCAAGAACAGUAGAGGACGGUUUGGUGGAGCAGUGGUAGGGAAGGAAGUGAAGCAGUUGAUUGGGUGGAAUUUUGCAGGAGGAUCAAGAAUCAUUACCAUACCUAAUCUUGGAAGGGAUUCUUCUUGCAGGAAAAGCUCAGCUGUAUAUGCUUCAUGGGUGCCGAGUGCUCAUCAGAUUGCCAGUAGUGCAUUUACAUGGGGAACGGUAGCUGUUCUUCCAUUCUACACUUUCAUGGUUGUGGCGCCCCGAGCUAAGUUUACCAAGAAAUUAGCUGCAAGCAGUGUACCCUACAUUGUUCUUGGGGCACUAUAUGCUUACCUACUCUGUUUAUCUUGGACGCCUGACACAAUUCACCUGAUGUUUGCAAGUAAAUACUGGCUGCCUGAGCUGCCGGGUAUAGCUAAGAUGUUUUCUAGUGAGAUAACACUGGCUUCUGCUUGGAUUCAUUUGUUAGCAAUAGAUCUUUUUGCUGCAAGGCAGAUUUAUUUUGAUGGGCUGCAGAAUGAUGUAGAGACCCGGCAUUCAGUUUCACUCUGCCUGCUGUCUUGUCCGAUUGGGAUUCUUGCUCAUGUUAUUACUAAAGCUGUAACCACAAGCAGAUAGAACUCAGAGCAUGGAAGCUACUAUAAGUAUUACUAAUUAACAUUACACCUGCAUUUCUAUAGAGAGAAGAGCUUUCCUGUACAGGCACAGCUCUUUUUUCCUUUACGCUACGCAAUUUGUCCUUGGAAUUUCAAUCACUUUUGGUCAAGAAAGUUCAACCCGAUUUCAUUAGAUGUAUAAAUACGGUUGAUAAAUAUAGUGUGUUACUUUUAAGUAUA